AUGACACGAAUUGCGUGCUUUGGAGGGAAACUCUUCCAGCAGUACAGGAUGUCGGCCACUUUGCAGGCUAACAAUGACGAGCCCUAUACCCCUGGAACGAUGCUCAGGAGCGAUUCCGGCCAGAUUUAUAAAAUUGAAAAUAUCCUCGUUGAUCUGAGAAAACCCCUGCAAUGCGUAUAUCGUGCAAGGUUCACAUACCUGUUUAGAAUGAGAUAUCCCAGUGCAUUCUUUCUGCUAACUAUAGAGCCAGCGGAAAGUGCUGAGGGCAAAGUUUACAUUGUGAAGAACAUGGUUCCAGGAGAAUUUGAGUACCAAUUGGAUUUGCAGAAGAGACUGUCCUCUUGUCCAAACGUGAGAGCAGUAAUCGAUACUAUCAAAGAGUUUGAGUUGUUUAUAUUCCCGUUCUUGGCUGGGGACUUGCUUCAGCUAAGCCUGAAACCUCUUUGCAUGGAACCAAACAAUAUCCUUUUGGACUAUGAUGAGUGUGAUGAAAGCCUUAUGAACAUCAAAGCAGUUCAGAUCUCGGACCUUGAGGAUACAGUCAUUGUGCCUCCUGGGAAGCGGCUGCGAGGCCCUCUCUGCGGCAAUGCGAUCUGGAGAAGCCCUGAAAGCUGGUGUCGAUCUCGCCAAAACCAGGCAUUAGAUGUCUUCUCCUUUGGAAUCGUGAUGAUUUAUGUUAUGGUCAAUGAGAUGGUCUUUCGCGUCAAUGAUAACCAGCUUAAAGCUGAUGAUUCAUGGCACUAUAUUCACCGUCGACAUAUAUUCUACUUUGCCGAUGAAGACAGCUUUAAUGGGUUUCUUCAACAUAUUGGAAAGGAAAACAUCUUUUUCGAAAGCUUGGUAGCCCUCGCUGGCACUUUCACUCCAGGACAACUCAGACAGUCCUUUGAGACCUGGGAUUACGUGGACCCCGAUCUUAGGGAUCUAGUAGGGAAGAUGACGAAUCUAGACCCGUCGAGGAGGAUUACCGCAAGAGAGGCCCUUCAGCAUCGCUGGUUCAGUCAAGCUAGUUAUAUACACAUGGUAGCCGAGCUUUCUUGUACCAGGCCAGCCUAG